AUGAGUGAUCUAUCAUCAGAUUUAUUAUCUGAUUUACGGGAUUUUGAGAAAUGCACUGAAAGACUUGCUUCAAACGUACGGCAGACAGUAUUAGAGCCUUUCCGAGUAGAUCCAUUACAGCCUGAAUCACUGCGAAGACCACCGCCAAGUCCUGCAGAAUUUCGGCAAAUGGCUACAAAGCUGGGACCGUUAGCACUCAAAAUUGCAAAGCAAAGCAUAAAAAGUCUGGAUACCUUACAAAAAUCAGGAACAAGCAGUAAUAUAGCAGUCGUGGUAAAAUGUCUAAUUGACUGUACUUUAUCCUCUUUGUCAAGCUUACGACAUAUGAAUGGCAUUGUCCCACUACAAGCAUAUGAAAUAGAAAAAAUCACAGCAAGCUUGAUCAGCAGAAUGGUUGAUUUCAAAGAGUAUGAUAGAGCCCUCGAAGAAAUCCGCAAAUUUCGCAUAAUUUUGGCGGACGUAGUCCAAGUUAGAUUAUGUUGUAACAGCUCACAACAAGAGAUCGAUUUAAAUGUUGAUACACAGAAAAACAACCCAAAGAUCAUCUUCAAUAAAUAUCAAGAACUUUUCAGUUUUCCAUUGGAUUCAACGAGCAGAGAUCACACAACUAUUUUAUUGGUACUAUCAUUUCAAAUGAAUGCAUUACGCUGUUGGUGUCAAAUGCACAAUGGUGCUUUAAAAAAAUUCUUAGCAGACAUACUGAAUAAACCAGGCAAUUAUUAUGAUUGGUGUGAGCAUUUACACAGCACUAAGCCCGAGGAAGCAAAAAAAUACCUGAACUGGUUAUACCGUCUCUUAAACAAGGUAGCAGAUGACCUUGCUUCUACAAGUAAGAUACAAAAAUUGUAA